GACUCUAUGAGAAUAAAGAGUUGUGUUGACAAGGAGAUGAUAACAGAGAGGAAUCAGAGCGAUGAAGAUGCUUCUGCGAGUGCGCGGAGCAUUUUUUCGCCCUAGUAAUCGAUAUAAUAGUAAGGUCAACUAGUUGUAGCUAGAUCAUGAAAACCUGUUUAUUGAUCUAUAGUUUAAGGAUCUCUUGGCCUUAUAUCCAAACUAGUAUUGGUCUUAUAAAGAUAUAAAGUAAACAAAAAAUGUAUUCAUCACGAAUUACCUAUUGCGGGGUUUUGUCCAAAAAAAUAGCUAAAAUAAAUUUUAGAGCGUAUAGCGCGUAUCCAGAAGUACUGCAGCCAGAAUUAACGGAAAUAAGAAAUGCUGGAACUUGGAAAAAUGAACGAAUUAUCGUUUCGUCUCAGAGGACAAAUAUUGAAUUAAAUACUGGGCAUAAAGUUUUAAACUUUUGUGCUAAUAAUUAUUUAGGACUGUCGGACAAUCAAGAGCUGAUUACUGCGGCAAAAGAAGCUUUAGAUAAAUACGGAGCGGGAUUAAGCUCGGUAAGAUUCAUUUGUGGAACCCAAGAUAUACAUCGGCAAUUAGAGGCUAAGAUUGCUGAAUUUCAUGGUAGAGAAGACGCUAUUGCUUAUGCCUCGUGCUUCGACGCGAACGCGGGUCUUUUUGAGAUUCUACUGAAGCCCGAGGAUGCUGUAAUAAGCGACGAGUUGAAUCACGCUUCAAUUAUCGAUGGGAUUAGGUUGUGCAAAGCCCAGAAAUUCCGGUACCAGCAUAGAAAUCUUGUUGACUUGGAAGCUAAACUUCAGGAAACUCAGUCAGCUCGUUUGAGGCUUAUCGUUACAGAUGGUGUUUUCUCGAUGGAUGGUAAUUUUGCUCCGUUGCCUGAAAUAAUUAAUUUAGCGAACAAGUACGAUGCAAUUACCUUUGUUGAUGAUUGCCAUGCUACUGGAUUUAUUGGCAAGACUGGAAGAGGAACUGAAGAAUACUUUAAUUUACUUGGAAAAGUUGACAUAAUUAAUUCAACACUAGGAAAAGCACUGGGAGGAGCUGCUGGCGGGUAUACUACUGGAUCAAAAAAAUUAAUUGAUUUAUUGAGACAACGUAGUCGGCCUUACUUAUUUUCAAAUGCCUUACCUCCACCAGUAGCUGCAAUUGGAAUUAAGGCGUUGGAUUUGGUGAUGAAUAAUCCCUCGUUGAUGUCUCGUGUCGAAGAAAACACUCAGCGCUUUCGAAAGGCAAUGAAAUCAGCUGGAUUUACAAUAAACGGCGAUAACCAUCCCAUAGCUCCAGUGAUGCUAGGUGACGCGAAAUUAGCCUCUACAUUCGCUGAUAAAAUGCUGGAAAGAGGAAUUUAUGUGAUAGGAUUCAGCUAUCCGGUGGUGCCAAAGGGUAAAGCGAGGAUUAGAGUACAGCUAAGCGCAGUACACACUCCAGAGGAUAUUGAUCGUACGGUAAAUGCUUUCGUUGAAAUAGGUAAAGAGCUUAAUGUUAUAUAAAGUUUAUAUUUUUAUAUUAUAUAAAAUAUUUUUAUAAAAAUAAAUAUCGAAUACUUUCGUA